UCUCAUUUUAUCAGCCUAAAAACUCCUUUGAAAUGACCAUCAAAAAUUCAGGGAUCAAGCGUCCGCCAUUUUUACUUGGUAGCCUGGCGAUAUGUUCUAGUGUUUACAAAAUGGCGGACAAAGGUGAAUGGGUGUCUUUCGAUGAAGACGAAAAACAAGCUGAAACCCUUCCGCCGUUGAUUAAAAAACCCGAUAAACAACCAGAGUUUUUAAGCUCGGAAGCUUACAUAUCAGUAUUAGAGAGUAAAUUGAAAAAAGUCAAAGGACAAGAUCCAUCAAAACUAACAUCCAAAGAUCUCCUGGAGAGUGUGCGUCAAGCAAGAGAAAGUCAUCUAGAAAGACUAGUUAUGAACAAUGAUGAUCAACUAUUUCAUGACUUCAUACCAGAAGAUACAGAUGCUGUAAAUGGGGUUCAUUGUAUGAAUUUAUACACAAGAAUGUUUCCUAAACAACCUAUAAAURCAAAGGAAUUAGAACAUCUUGUCGCUGACAAUGAAGAUGAAAAGAGUUGACAUUCCAUUUUGUAAUAGCUCAGURAGAGCUCUAAACAGUCGUUUUUGGUUCCAUUAUUCACAGCCAAACACCAGAGAGAACUAGCAAGCAUGCCCUUUUCUCARAUUCUGGUUCAUAGUUGAUUUCCAAAAGGACCCAAAUAGUGCCAAUUAUUGAGCAACUAUAAUUUAUGUCAUAGUCCAGUAAUGUACAUUUAUAUGGGUAUAGGUAGUUAUAAUAAUUAUGACUAGACCAAUAAAAUAUCAGAGAGAUUGUUCAA